AGCUAACUGAUUGUGCUCAGUAGACACUGACGGCAGACCAUCAGAUACACAGUGAAGUUAAGCUUGUCGGAGCUUAGAAUGUAUUUACUACAAGAUUUCUCAUCGCUACUGAUGUUAUAUGCUUUUUUCCUUAUAUCGUAUUUAUGGUUGAAGAGAUUUUGGAGAAAUAACAACCUUCCCCCUGGACCGACACCUCUUCCAUUGUUGGGGAACUUCCUACAGUUAGGAGUAGGAGGAAUAGUGAACUCUGUGGCUAAACUCACUGAGAAAUAUGGUGACAUAUAUACCAUCUAUCUGGGGUCUCGUCCAAUUGUGGUGGUCACCGGAUACAAGUUAGUAAAACAAAUCUAUUUGGACGAUGGAGAUGAUUACUUAAAUCGGGGAGACAUGCCACCUUGGGAAACUUUCUACAAAGGUCACGGCUUGGCUUUUACAAAAAACAUGAAGAGGUGGAGGACACUCCGUCGGUUUUCUAUGCCUGUUUUGCGGGAUCUUGGCUUUGGGAAAAGGAGCACUGAAGACCAUAUUCAAGAAGAGACAUCCCGCCUAGUUGCAGAACUAAAGGAGACUAAAGAAUCAGUCUUUGACCCUCGUAACUGUCUCAGCAGAGCUGUUUGCAAUAUAAUUUUCUCCAUCAUGUUCGGAAAUCAUCAUAAAUUUGAGGACGAUGACGUAGAUACUGUUUUGUCUUGUAUACAUGACGCAUUAGUUCUUAUCAGCUCAGCCUGGGGACAGAUGUUUGAUAUGUUUCCUGGCCUGAUGAGAGUUGUUCCUGGGCGUCACCACAACAUAUAUAAUCUACUGAAGAAGCUCAGCCAGUUUGUGGAAACCAGAGUACAAAUUAAUCAGAAGACUUUGGAUCCUGAUAACCCAAGGGAUUAUGUUGAUGUUUUCCUCAUUCAAAUAGAAAAGGGGAAAAAUGACCCAGACAGUGAGUUUUAUAUGAAGAAUUUACUGGCAAACACAUUACAGAUCUUCUUUGCUGGGGUGGAGACCAUGAGCACAACGCUGACCUAUUCUCUAUUAGUUCUCUUGAAAUACCCUGAUGUCCUUGCCAAGGUACAUGUGGAAAUUGACAAUACCAUUGGUCGAAAUCGCAGCCCAACUAUGCAAGACAGAAUCAACCUGCCUUACACAGAAGCAAUGAUCCAUGAAAUGCAAAGAUUCACAAACCUGAUUCCAUUGGGUGUACUACGUAAAACACUUAAAGAGGUUAAACUUAAAGGAUACACACUACCAAAGGAUACUGAUGUUUUACCAGUACUGACAUCUGUGCUGCAAGAUCCAUCCUGUUUUAAGUUCCCAACAGAAUUCAACCCUGAAAAUUUUCUCACUGAAAAGGGAGAAUUUCAGAAGAAUAAUGCCUUCAUGCCUCUAGCCGCAGGAAAGAGAAUCUGCCUCGGAGAACCACUGGUACGAAUGGAAUUAUUUCUCUUCCUUACCACCAUCCUGCAAAAUUUUGACUUGAAGUCCCCUGUGCCACCGGAAGAUCUGGACAUCAGACCCAUUGUAUCUGGACUGGCAAAUUUUCCCAAACCAUACAAAAUGUCCUUUAUUCCUCGCUGAAUGUUAAUAUUGUUUAAGAAUAGUCAGGUGUCUUUAGAAACGUAGUUUGGGGUGCUAGUGUUUAUUUGUUGAGAAUUUAGUAUGUUUGUGAAAUUAUAUUCAUUUACAUAUUUGAUACCGCUAUAUUAUGAGGGGGUAUCUGGGUUAAUAGUUUGACAGUAGUUAGGUCGACCCCAUAUGUUUGACAUGCGUUAGGUCGACUUAGUCAAUACUGUAGGUUGACAUGUAAAAUGUCGACACUGCUUAAGCUCGACAGGAACAAAAGGAUCACGGAUUCAAAUGAUCGACAUGACAGUGGUUGAUACAUCUACGGUUGACACAAGUUUUAUUUUUUCAACUUUUUCAUCCUUUACCAUCCACAUGGACUACGAUGGGAAUAGUAACCUUGCCCGAAGCUUGGCGAGCAAAGCAAGCCAUGUUAGGGGACGCAGUACACUAAUUGAUGUCACAUGUAGUUAAAAAACCAAAAUGACACCAUAGAAAAAUUGUGUCGACCUUUUUAGUGUUAACCAUUUCCAUGUCGACCCUUCUAAUGUGUCAACCUUUUGUACCUGUGGACCUUACAGCUGUCUACCAUUUCAAUCUUCACCUAAUGACCCUGUCGACCUAAUGACCCUUUUGACCUUGUGACCCUGCCGACCUUCCCAUGUUGGCCAUAUGGGGUCGACCUAUGACUGUUGACCUAAUUAGGGUUGACUAAAUUAUCCACAUCUUUAUGAGAGCAAUCCUUUGUUUAUUGAUUAAAGUAUUACAAAAUUAUUAACAAUUA